AUGUUGUGCUUACUACAUCAAUCACAACUACAGCUCCUGCUGCAACAACUCACCUUCUACAACAGCUUCAACUUCAGCAUCUACGACAACCGCAACAACAGCACCUACUACAACACCUGCAGUUCCUACAACUGUAGCUCCCACGACCACUACACCUGUUGUGCUUACUACAGCAAUCACAACUACAGCUCCUGCUGCAACAACUCUCUAACUACAACACCUGCUGCACCAACGACCACUACAACUCCAGAACCUAUUACGACAACCACUGCAGCUCCUGCUACAACAACUGCUAUUCUUACAACCACUGAGACUGCAGCACCUUCGACAACAACUACAACUUCAGCUCCUACGACAACCACAACAGCAACACCUACAACAACUGUAGCUUCCAAGACAACUGCAGCUCCUACAACAACUUUAGAAUCUACUUCAACCACAGCAGCUGCCCCUACAACAACCACUGCAGCUCUAACUACAACAACUGCUGCUCCAACGACCACUACAACUCCAGAACCUAUUACGACAACCACUGCAGCUCCUGCUACAACAACUGCUAUUCUUACAACCACUGAGACUGAAGCACCUUCGACAACAACUACAACUUCAGCUCCUACGACAACCACAACAGCAACACCUACAACAACUGUAGCUUCCACGACACCUGCAGCUCCUACAACAACUUUAGAAUCUACUUCAACCACAGCAGCUGCCUAUAUGACAACCCCUGCAGCUCUAACUACAACACCUGCUGCACCAACGACCACUACAACUCCAGAACCUAUUACGACAACCACUGCAGCUCCUGCUACAACAACUGCUAUUCUUACAACCACUGAGACUGAAGCACCUUCGACAACAACUACAACUUCAGCUCCUACGACAACCACAACAGCAACACCUACAACAACUGUAGCUUCCACGACAACUGCAGCUCCUACAACAACUUUAGAAUCUACUUCAACCACAGCAGCUGCCCCUACGACAACCACUGCAGCCUUAACUACAACAACUGCUGCUCCUUCGACCACUACAACUCCAGAACCUACUACGACAACCAGUGCAGCUCCUACUACAACAACUUCUCAAUCACAACUACAGCUCCUGCUGCAACAACUGUAG